AUGAAAAAUAAAGUAAAAUAAAGAAUGGAAGAUGAAGCAUUGAAGAGAAUAAGACAAUCUGAAUUGAUAGUGAACUCUAUAGUUUGGAUGAAUAAAAACCUAUUUAAAAAAUAUUGCCAAUCUUAGAAUUAUUAUUAUACAAGAGAUGUCAAUGAAAUUCUUGGAGAUGCUUCAUCAAAGGCAGUAGUACGAUUUAAAGAUUGGGUUGGGUAUGAUGAUGAUGUAAGUGUGUAGUUUCAUUUAAGGAUGAAUAUUUGAAAAGGUACUAUUAUGGAGAUGAGUAUCCACAAAAAAUCCAGUUGUUGUCUGAAUACUAUAAAGUAAUUUGAACCAUUUAACAGAGUUUCAUACAGAUAUAGCACGAAUCUUUAUGGAACCAAUAGCUACGUUAUUGAAUAAAUACUUUGAUAAGAAGCGCAAAUAUGAAUAUUAUAGAAUAGCUCAUUUGAUUGAAGAAGAGAAUAAGAACAAUCCCAAUAGACCCCCAAAAGGUAUAGUUGGAGAAAGACCAUCUCCUGCAAAUUCAUAAGAAACUUAAAAAGAAUAAGAAUCUCCAGAUACUAUUAAAAGAAUAAGGAAUAUAUAAAUUUUAAAAGAUUUGAGUUGGUUAAAUUAAUCAACUUAAAUUCAUAAAAAGAAAAAUGAUAUAUCUUGUACAUUACAAGAAAUUUGUAAAUAAUUAGGAAAUGUUGCUUUGGAAUAAUCAUCUCUCUUAAUUUCUUCUGGGAAAGGUGAUGAAAUUAAAUUGGAAUAAUUUCUGGCUUAUCUUAAUUAAUAAACAUUGAAGACACAAAGAGAUAAAAUUUAAUAAGUUUAAAAAUAAACUAUAAAAAUAAAUUAGCCUCAUAAUGAAUAAUUAAUUUAAACUCUUAUUCAAAAAUAAUAUGAUGAAACUAAACAAAGAUUUGGAUCUUAACAUUCUAAAUAAAAUAUAGAUCUAGCCUAAUAAAUGAAUAAAAUUUAAAGAGACAUCAAUGUAAAUUUAAUAAAGAAUUAAGUUGAUACUUUUUUAAAAAAUAAAUAAAGUAAUGAUUAUAUGUAAAGUCAUACAAAAGUAGAUUAGAAUGAUAAAUAAAUACCAAAUAUUAAAUCUAAAACAAUAGUAUAAGAUUAACCUAAAAUAUCUAAUCAAUUAUUUUUAACAAAUCUUAGAAAAAACUUUUAGACAAAUCCUUAAAUUCCAAAUCAACAAAAUUAGAAUCCAGUUUUAUCUCCUACCUCAAACAAUAAUAAAUAAAAAACAUAAACAACUAAUCAAAUAACAAUUGGUAAUAAUAUUAUUCUAUAAAACUUUUAGGUAAAUUAAAUUUAAAAUAAAUUUCUAAAUUAUAUAUAGAAGAAGAUCAAACAGAAUAAGAAUUGAAAUGGAAAAACGGAUCUUAAACUCAUAGACCUAUUUCUGGUACCAAAAAGUUCUUUUCAAAUAGAAAUAGCCCAACUGUAUCAAGAGGUGCAGCAUAAUAGGAAUAAAGAAAUAAUUAAAUUAAAUAAACAUCAGGCUAAGUUUCAACUUACUCUUAAAUAUCCUAAUAAUAAAGUUAAAAAAAUAUAAAAGGUACUGGAUCAUCAACUAACAGAAAAGUAACAUAACCCAAUAUUCAUAUUCGAUAUACAUCGAAUUAAGACAAGAUUAUAAAUAUUAAUAUUAAUAUUAAUGAUAAUUUACAGAAUUAAAAAUGUAUUUAAUUUCAUUUUAUUUUAGUAAAAUAAACUAAGCAUAAAAAGAAUCAAUCAGAAGGAAAAGCAAUCCAUUUAAAUUCUCCUUUAAUAGAAAAUCCAUAAGAUUUUGUUUGUCUAACAGAUAGAGCAGGUUAAGGUGAAUUUUUGUUUAAAAACAGUAUAGCAGCUUCUUGUUAAAAUUCACCAAAAACAUAAAAAUUAAAAAGAGUUGGAAGUGGGUUAAGUACUAUAAAAAAUUCAGGAAGUACAAAGAAUUCCUUUAUUUAAUAAAUGGUUACUUAGAUAUCUAAAUAAUAACAGAAAUAAGAUUUCUUUUCAUCACAAUUCAGAAAACCUAAUUGA